GAGAAAAGUACUAAAACAACAGUGAAUAUGAAUAACAAUGAAGAUCAUGUGAGCAAAGCUCCUAAAAUAGUGCCUCAAGAACAAGAACUACCCUAUGAAGGCACAAGAACAAGAUAUGGCCGUACCAUCAAGAAGCCCAAUAGACUGAACUUGUAAUCAGUUUCAUUCUCUAUAGUGUGUAUGUGAAAUGCUUUAUAGUGUUAAGGAAAGUGCUCUCAUAAUAGCCGGUAUACUAACCUGAUUCUCGAAACAAGGUGCUAUAUUCUUUUUGAAAAUUACUGAAAAAGGUGCUAAUUCUUAUUUUACAUGUCUGUGAACUACAAAGCAUUCUCAGGUGCAAUCUCAGUUACCCAACUUAAGAAGCUCAAUGAAUGUCAAACUAUAUUUUUGAUACACUUUAGAUUCUCACAUAUUUUGUAACUAACUGCCAAAGGUUAUAUCUCAUAUAUGAUAAGAAUCUAACCCCAUUUUCUUUUGUUUCUUGAAAAAGAGGGAUGUCAUAUGAUUAACCAUAAUUAUCUCAUUUAUAAUUAUGUACUUUAUAUACUUUAUAUUAUAACUUUACUAACGUAUCCCUCUAUACAUUUUGCAUGCGUACGUAACCCCUACGUAAACAUUAGUGUUGUACACUCCUCCAGAAUAUACUCGCGUAGCUCAGCAGAGCUCCGUAUUUUAUUCACCUUUUCCCUCAAAUGGAACUUGUCGCGUGAGAUGGCGGUUUUGUUGGUGUUCCUGGCCAUACUUAGUCUGUUCGUGGGCGCCGUCCGCGUUCAGGGCUUCAUGCCGGUUCCCCCUGACGACGGGCCCUGCCCCGUUUUCCCCGUAGUAGAAAAAUUCGACCUCCAUGCGUACCUCGGCCGAUGGUAUGAGAUCGAGCGCUUCUUCAAUCCGUUCCAAGACGGCUCCUGCGUCACGGCCGACUACGCGCUCUUCCCGAAUGGCAGCGUGUCCUUUCUAAACUCCGACGUCCAGGAAGGUGAACUAAAUACAAUCGCUGGCGUGGCGACUCUAUCAGAUGACCAAGUGCUGGUCAACUCUUUGGAAUUUCCUUUCACCGCUGGCUUCGAUGGAAACAGCAUGGGGAGAAACAAACCUAACUACAAUGUGGUUGCAACCGACUACAAAAACUACGCUGUUGUCUACACUUGUGAAUAUUUUGGACCUGAACUUAAAUUUGAAUUUUCUUGGAUAUUGGCACGUAGACCACAGAUUCCAAACUCAUUUUUGACGGAUUUGAAGCACUGGCUCCAGCUGGUCAACAUCAAUGCCAAGCGGGACAUGCCCACCGUGCAAACCAACUGUCCAAACGAGCAGUAUCUUUGGACGCACUUUUCACCAAUAUUUUUAAAAUUUUGUAAAGGGAAAAACAAUAAGAGUGCAUCCUCAAAAAACAACAAAACAGAAAAUUUACAGGGGCCAGGUUUCUUUGAAAAAGCUUGUUUGCUUGAGAGGUACCCGAGCCAGAAAUUUUUCCCCGUCUUGAGAAGUACCCAAUUGGUGUGUAGGACUGUCAACAAUAGUGCAGCCCGGAGACACUUCACACCCCGCAAGCACUGCCCUUCCCCCGGGCAGAACGAGAUACGAUUUACCCUCCUCCCUACUGAAUGUUGCACCCAGUGCGAAACCUCUGCCACACCACCCUGUCCUGUGACCUCGGGUCACCAGGAACCAUCUGUAGAUCCCGAACAAAACCUCUACUGCAUCGUUUCAAGGAACCGCCGCAAAAAAGGACACGUCCGUAAGGCAGAGAGGAGAGACACGGCGGGACAGGCAAGCCACACAGGGUCCAACUCCACCCCCAAGAGGCCUCUUGGGGGUCUCAUAACUGUCUUCAAGAAUAAACCAGCAAGCAUGCCCCAAUUCCAUCUCUCGUCUCUCCACAUUGGUGGACACGGUGCUCCCAUAUCACGUGUCGCUUACAUCUGGUGGCUUGUGGUUGGGCACAGAGCUUGGAGCUAA